GGUUAAGCUCGCUGAGGUGAAGGAGGAGAAGACGAAGAGGAAGGAACGUUCAAGAGAUCUCCAGGCAGAGGAGGAGGGAACCAAGGAGCUUGGCAGGUGGCCUUACCCGUCGGCAUAGGCUGACUGGAAAGUAGAGGGAGGAGGCUGGAAGAGUCAGGAAUGAGGACAGACCGGUUUUUUGCACUUCUUCAGGACUUGUCUGUGCUUAGGUCCUCUGUGUCAGAUCUGGAAUCGGUCUCAAGUGUGAGAACAAGACAGGCAAAGGUGUUCACCGCUGCUCUUACAGUUGGAUGCGAACUCGAUAAGGAAUACAAUAAUGGAGAAGCCAGAACAGAACAUCAUACGGUGGUCAAGCGAAGGUCUGUCAAGGAGGUGCAACAAGUUGGCUGCAGGAAGGCAGUGAGCAUGUACGGCUCUCUAGAUGAGCCCGGAAAACAAGAAAGAACAGCGGGCGUUAACGGUAGGUCACGGAGACCUCAAAGUGUCUGCAUGCUGACCGCUGCACAGUCCGGCGCUCUGUUUGUUGCUAACUCAUCCCUAGGCAAAACGGGUAACCCUGACAUUCAGCAUCACAGAUUGAGAAAAGCUGACAUCCGUGCUGCUGAUGGCAUCAAACAGGACUUACCGCCGUCUUUCCGGCUACCCCCUUACCCACAACAGGAGGUCCUAGCGCGCCGGCCCCUACUGCCGACUGGAAGACCUCGGCCAGUCAGCAUGACUGUUUUAGAGCUGAGAACUUUAGAGCAUAGCGGUUCCCAGAAUGAGCUGGCUAAACGUACUCUCAGUGACGCCGCCAGCCUGCCUCGCACUGGUUUCAGAUGGAGGCUCUUCGGCCGACAGACACAGGAUAAGGCGGUGGCACCGAUGCCGACCCAAGCCACCAUCAAACCAGAGACAUCGAAGAAGAAGUUUAGCUCCCUGCGCCGGAGCCUAAGCCUCAGACUUAAGCGAAACUGCAACCAGCCAGAGCAAAAUGUCAAACGAGAAAGAACGUGGACAACGAGUGUUAAAGAGGACGUCUCAGUAUCCAGCAGGCCUUUCUCUUAUUUGACCGGCAGGACAUUGUCUAGCACGCAUCCGCGAGAUGAGGACCAGAGAUGCAAACAGUAUAUACAAUUCCAAACCAGAGGCAAGGUCUCCGUCAUGGAGGUACCUUUAGCCGCAGCAAAACUUACCAAGCCUCUCAAAUCCGCCUCCGCAGAGCCCAACUUUUGGCAGCUAAUCACUAGUCGCUUUAAAAGGAAAAGUCCGUCAUCCAGCAACAAAUCGGAGUCUGGCGCUGAAAGCCAGCCGACUGGCAACGAUCCGCCAGUCAGGAAUAUAAAGCCACCGCCAAAGCCGGUUGCCAUGGAGGCACUGAGGGGCAUUGACUUCAGCAAAGGUCAAGAUUCCUUUGUGAACAGUCAGGAGUGGACACUGAGCAGAUCAGUUCCAGAGCUCAAAGUGGGCAUCGUGGGUAACCUCUCCAGCGGGAAGUCAGCCCUGGUCCACCGGUACCUGACAGGAACGUAUGUCCAGGAGGAGUCUCCAGAGGGAGGCCGCUUCAAAAAGGAGAUUGUGGUGGAUGGACAGAGCUAUCUUCUACUGAUUCGAGAUGAGGGGGGACCUCCUGAACUUCAGUUUGCGGCCUGGGUGGAUGCCGUGGUGUUCGUUUUCAGCCUGGAGGACGAGAUCAGUUUCCAAACAGUCUACAACUACUUUCUGCGGCUGUCCAGCUACAGAAACACGGCUGAGGUGCCCAUGGUGCUGGUGGGCACACAGGAUGCCAUCAGUGCCACCAACCCGCGAGUAAUCGAUGAUGCCCGCGCCCGUAAGCUCUCCAACGACCUGAAGCGCUCCACCUACUAUGAGACCUGCUCUACCUACGGCCUCAACGUGGAGAGAGUCUUCCAGGAUGUGGCUCAGAAGGUGGUGGCACUGAGGAAGAAGCAGCAGCUGGCCAUCGGGCCGUGUAAAUCUCUACCCAACUCACCCAGUCACUCAUCGGUGCCCACUGCAGCAAUCCCCUCCGUACAUCUCAAUCAGGCUGCUAAUGGAGGGGGUGCACCAUUCAGCGAUUACUCCUCCUCAGUUCCCUCCACCCCCAGUAUGGGGCAGCGGGAGAUGCGCAUCGAGACCAUCGCUGCCUCCAACACGCCCACACCCAUCCGCAAGCAGUCCAAACGCCGUUCCAACAUCUUCACAUCGCGGAAAGCCAGCGAGCAAGCAAAGAGCGCCGAGUGUAAAACAGACAGCAUAGGCAGUGGAAGGGCCAUUCCUAUCAAACAGGGCAUUUUACUGAAGAGAAGCGGCAAAUCACUGAAUAAAGAAUGGAAAAAGAAGUACGUCACGUUGUGCGACAACGGUGUCCUGACCUAUCACCCCAGCUUACACGAUUAUAUGCAGAACGUCCACGGUAAAGAAAUCGAUUUGCUGAGGACGACGGUGAAAGUCCCGGGGAAGAGGCCGCCCAGGGCCGUGGCUACGGUUGCACCAACCGCCAGUCCCAAAACUAACGGGUUAAGCAAGGACCGGAGCACGCUACAGCUGGGCAUCGGAGCCACAGGCACAUCUCACUCCAACAGCAGCAGCUCUCUGCAGUCUGGGGGCGUGGUCUCAGGACUGAGUGUGGUUGCAGUGGGAGGGGCUAAGGAAGGAAUGCAUCAGCGAUCUUUCUCCGUGUCCAGUGCCGAGCAGUGGAAUGAGGCUGUGAACACCAGCGGUGCUUCAGCUAACGGGACCAUGGAUUCCCUCAGCGCAGUUGCCGGCUUGGGCGGACCCACCAGCCCCAAACUGGAGCCGCCACCUUCGCCCCACACCAACCGCAAGAAGCACAGGAGGAAAAAGAGUACAGGGAUUACCAAACCAGACGGGGUGUCAGCGGGGAACGAAGAGCAAGAGGAGUCGUUUGAAUUCAUUAUUGUGUCACUGACGGGGCAGAUGUGGCUUUUUGAGGCGUCGACAUAUGAGGAGAGGGAGCUCUGGGUCACAGCCAUCGAGAGUCAAAUAUUUGCCAGCCUACAGUCAUGUGAGAGCAGCAAGAAUAAGUCUCGAUUAGGGAGCCAGAGCGACGCCAUGACCAUCCAGUCCAUCAGGAACGUGAGAGGAAACGCUUUCUGUGUGGACUGUGACGUCCCCAACCCAGACUGGGCGAGUCUGAACCUUGGUGCUCUGAUCUGCAUCGAGUGUUCGGGUAUCCACCGGCAUCUAGGCACCCAUCUGUCACGAGUACGCUCUCUGGACCUAGAUGACUGGCCCGUGGAGCUGACCAUGGUUAUGACGGCCAUCGGGAACGCCAUGGCCAACAGUGUGUGGGAAGGCGCACUGGAGGGCUACACCAAACCUGGUGUGGACUGCAGCAGAGAGGAGAAGGAGCGCUGGAUCCGAGCUAAAUAUGAGCAGAAGCUCUUCCUUUUGGGUCUUCCUCAGUCUGAUGUGCCCCUGGGGCAGCAGCUUCUGAGGGCAGUGGUGGAGGACGAUCUGAGGAUGGUGGUGCUGCUGCUGGCUCACGGCACCAAGGACGAGGUGAACGAGACUUAUGGGGACGGCGACGGUCGAACAGCGCUGCACCUCUCCUGUGCCAUGGCCAACGUGGUCAUCACUCAGCUGCUUAUAUGGUAUGGCGUUGACGUGAAGAGUCGAGAUGCCCGUGGUCAGACCCCCUUGUCCUACGCCCGGCGAGCGGCAAGUCAGGAAUGUGUCGACAUCCUCGUUCAACAUGGCUGCCCCUCAGACAGCGGCGGCACAUCGACACCGACCGGCACGCGACACAACCCAAACGCCAACAACAACAACGGACAGUGCGAGCUUAAUCGCAGCAUUAGCAUCAUGUAGUUCUCGAACGCCAUACUGUACGCCUUCAGUGUCCCAGUGCCAGAAUACUGUGACCUUCCUGCCUUCAGCCAUUUCCACAGCAACUUAGCGGUGUGCUGCUGUAUUUGUUGUCACCAUCCUGGUUAGCAUUGUAGAAGUGGCCUAUCUGUUAGCUAUCGCUACUGUGUCAAGUCAGUUUGUGAAUGCGGAUGUGUCCUGUCAACCAUAAAAGUCUGUUUAAUCUGUGUAGAAGUGUGUCAAAGCCUUAAAGAGCUGAUUAGGACUAAAGUUUUGCUAAAGGUUCAUAUUGCACACAAGAGUUCUCACUUUUGGAAGUGGUAGCCCUUCAGUAAAGGUACUGGACUGUUGAUUAAAAGGUUAAGGGUUUAAUCCCACCACUGACAAGCUGCCACUGUUGGGCCCUCACGUCAGGCCCUUAACCUCUAGUUGCUUGGAUUUGUUUUCUGUCUGAACUGUCUGGAUUUGGAUAGAAGCAUCAUGUAAAUUAUAAGGUUUAGUACACGAGGGGCUGUUUUAUUCAGUUUCUCGUGAAUAUAGAAGAGACCCUAUGUACUGAUUAGUAAAAACAUGAACCUGCGCUCAGCUCGCCUGCCAUUUUCAACCUUGUGUAUAGCUCAUCCAAGAAUUUCUGUGUUCAUCAAACUAGACGUCUGCCUAAGAAUACCUCUUCAGUCUGCCAGUAAAUAAAAGAGCCAGAGGAGCAUGAUUACCCAGAGCGGAGAAUAAUGUGCCAUCAUCAGGGCUUUGUGAGAUGGAUCUGAAGUGGUCUUCUGACUGUUUGACCCUGUGGUCUGUCUUCUGCAUUUAUAUAGCUAUAGAAAGUGAGAGAUCUGUUAAGUGACCCAAUGCUAGGUAAUGUUUAACACUAUAUUUGCUCUGAAGGCUCGUUUACCUCCUCAGUACUCGAAUAUGCAUCGACCAGGACUGCACGACAGAUUAAAUACAGACCUGUGAAUGAAUAGUAGUUUUCCUCUAACGACCUCAUCUAAUGCCAUUCAGGUGCUCAGUGAUUGAAGAUGCUUUACUGAUGUUGUUUCUUAUGUAGGGACACCUACACUAUAUGACAAAAAGUAUUGGGACAGCAGCGGAUUUGGAUGCACCGGGAAACACUGGGCGCGAGACAGGAACACCCUGCACAGGGUGCCAAUUCAUUGCAGGGCUUCAGCCGAUAGUCGAUAGCACCGAGUUGGAAUCCAAGUGGUGGUGGGCUGGUGUAACAGACUGCUGUUACCCGAGCGCCGUCUGGAAAACAUACCUUGUUCAGUCUUUUAAUUGUAAUAUUACCUCCUAUCAUCCCUUUAGUCAAUUAAAUUUUUAAUCAUUUGCCUCAGUAGGACUCUUAUCUGGUAUUGUAAGUGUUUGUUUACAUGAGCUGACCCAAUAUUUACAUGCCAACUGUACUAAGUCUCAAGCUGAUGUCCAUCUACUUUAGAUUAAGUUUACACCUAACCCAUACCCAUUCAGUUUCCAAGCAAAAAUGUUUGUGUGUACAAAGUUUAAUCAGGCUCAGUUUGCUUUUGUUUAUCAUUAGCCAUGCUGGCAUUUUUGUCAGAUCUGAUCUGACAAACAAACAGAUUUAUUCCAUGUCCUGCUAAUGUGCUGAAGGGGGAACAAGAGGAUAACGUUUGUCCUGGAUCAGUUUUAGUAUUUGCUUUAUACCGUGCAGUAUUUUAUGUUUGCUGUGCAUUACGUGCAUUACCUAGAGGCGUUUUCCCCUAAUAUGGAAUGUCAGAUAGGGCUUAACUUCACCAACAUGGUACUGUAUAUGAUACUGUAUGGGCAGUAUGAAUUUUUGGACCCUGAAAAAAAAAACUUUUGUCCCCAAUUUUUUUGUUUUUGGAAGUCCUGUGGAUUUCUCCUGUCCAUUUGAUUAAGAUUGACAUCAUCAUCUGCAUCACAUGACGCUGGUCUCCGUAUGAUUUGUUAAAACUGCAUUUAUUUAAAAAAAAGACAUAUUUUAGUCAUAACACUAAAAGCGGUAGGUUUAAUGGAUCAUUUUGUCAGCAAUUAAGAUGUUUUAGGAGUUUUGAUUCAUUUAUGACAAGGGAUCAUUGUGACAAGUACAUUCGGUGUAGCUUUUACCACCAGGCUUAUAGAUCAAACUUCUUUUUUUAUUCAAACUACUUUAUCAUGGUUUAAUUCUUUAUAAACUUUAUCAGCUCAUUUUUAGUUCCUGAGUCUGUCCUUAAAAACUAUUAAGGAGAGAAAUAUCUUCUGGACCUGUUUGUGCAUUCUCUUUUGCCACAUCCUGCUUUUUAAGAGAUUGCAUUGCAUUUUAUCCCUCGUUUAUUUUUUUUUCUUUUGGUACUUUGUGUUGGUCUCGGUGUGGCCGUUUUCACAUAGCCUGACCGUCAAAGGUACUUUGUGUAUAAUGUACAUUUGACAUAUUUAUAAAAGCCAGAUGUAAAUAUUGUUUUUCUCCGUUGGUGCUUUUUAAAAUCCCUUUUAUUUUGUUCUUUAAAUUUUCCAUUGUUUUUACAGUCCAUUUUGAAUGUAAUGAAGUGACUUCAUGAGAGUGUAGCUGUCGUUUGUUUGGAUGCUUGGCUGACUAUUGACAUAAUAAACUCUCCAAUAAAAUGAUUUAUACCAUAA